CCACAAGUCAGGGCGAGGGGGCCGGGGUCAGCUUUCGCUGUUCCUCUCAGACGAGCCGGGAUCAAACCGGGUCGCUCCCACAGGGGGUUUGCCCAGGGGAGGGUGACACGAGAGGACCGAGGUGAUGUCACGUGGCCGGGGUGCCCCCGCUGCCCCAGUGGGCACGCGCCUGGGGCACAGCUCCAAGGGGAGCCCCGUGCAGGCGGGUGACCUAGGGUCUUGCGACACGGCCCCGUGAUGGCAUGAAAUUGCUCCUCCUGGGCAUGCCAGGCUGCUGGGGAUGGGAUUGGGGGGAGGCGGGUCCCCUCCCACCCUUCAGCCCAUAAACCCGGCGGGCAGCAGCCCUGCACCAAGGCGGCUCCUCUCCCGGCAUCAACCGCAGCGCCUGGAACCAUGGGCCAGCUGCAGCUCUGGCUUGCUGUCCUGGCCGUGCUCUCGGGGAUCGUGGCCCAGGAAGACCUGUACCGAAAGGUGUUUGUCUUCCGGAAGGACCCCAGCAAUGCCUAUGUGGUGCUGAGGGCCAAGCUCGAGCAGCCGCUGCAGAACUUCACCGUGUGCCUGCGGUCCUACACCGAUCUGACCCGGCCCUACAGCCUCUUCUCCUACGCCACCAAGGCGCAGGACAACGAGAUCCUCCUCUUCAAGCCCAAGCCCGGCGAGUACCGGCUCUACGUGGGGGGCAAGUUCGUCACCUUUCGUGUCCCCGAGGGUGGCAGGGACUGGGAGCACGUCUGUGCUAGCUGGGAGUCUGCCACUGGCAUCGCCGAGUUUUGGUUCAAUGGGAAGCCCUGGCCCCGCAAGGGGCUGCAGAGGGGCUACACAGUAGGGGUGGAGGCGGCUGUUCUGCUGGGGCAGGAGCAGGACGCCUUCGGGGGUGGCUUCGACGUCUACAACUCAUUCUCGGGCGAGCUGGCUGACAUCUACCUGUGGGACAUGGGGCUGUCCCCAGACAAGAUGCGAGCCGCCUACCAGUCCCUGCGCCUGCCGCCCGCUGUCCUGGCCUGGAAGAGCCUGAGCUAUGAAGUGAAGGGCGAUGUGGUGGUGAAACCCCGACUCCGGGAGGUGCUGGGGCCAUGAAAGUCGGCUGGAUCCGGGGCUGGGACAGUCUCAGCCCCCGCUCUCCCCUCCCCAUCCCCAUCACCCCUUUGCCUCUACAACCUGCCAAGAAGAAGGUGCCAUCUGCAUGCCCCAGCCAGGGAGCUCCAGUCGGGACAGGGCUCGGACAGAGCUGGGGAGAGCUGAGGGCACCGCUCAGCCUGGCAGGGUCCCCCUGAGUGCCAGCACCUGCCACUGACCCACCAUUGAUGCCUGGGGUACCCUUUCCCUUGCCCAUACCCCCCCCCAAGCUGCCCCCGCGGCCAGCUCCCAUGUGGGCAGGAUGCAGAUCCACCAGCUCCAGAGCUGCCCAACCACACACAAAACAGCAGAAGUGAUUAGGGACAGGCAGGCAGGGGCUCAGCACAAGCCCCUGGGGCCAUGGGACCUGUCCCGGAUGCCCGUCCCCAUGCACACCCACUGUCCCCAGGGCUCCCUGCCAGCCCGCGGGGUCUGCAGGCUCCCAGGCAGGCAAACCAGCCCCGGGCCCCUCACCAGAUUGCCAAACAGCCCUGCAGGUCAGUGCCCCAAACACUUGGGGACAAAGAUCACAGGUGAACGUCACCAUUGCGUAGCCACGCUCACCCCGGCACAGACCCUGAGCAGCCAUAGGGCUGCGGCAGGGUGGCUCUGCUGUUCCCCCUCACCAUGGAGGUGCC